AUGGCUACUGUUGGCAAGCAAUUCCAGUGCCUGAUAAUAAUCAUCUCUUUCUCCUUAUCCCUCUCCAUAAGAUUCGAAAAAUUCAAGAAACUGCAAGAAUACCCACAGUUUAAGCAAGAAAACAGUAAUCCGUACGGCCUCUACUCCAAUAACGCUGAUCAUAAAGAUUCCGAACCAAAAGAAAGCCGACCAUUAGACAAACCGGACUUCACCGGUCUCACCGCGGAAGAGAAGAAUUAUAUAUGGAAUCAAUACCAAAUUGAAAAGCGGCAGAAGAAAGAGUUGAAAGGAGAAAAGCCUUAUGAAACGACGUCGUCGUCCGAUCCGACGUUGUCCGAAUGGGAUGACAACUGGGACGAGGACGUGGAGGCCCAGCCCAAAAACGAGCAGGACUUUGACAGAUUGAACGACAGGUUCAAAAAGUACGGGCCGCGAGAAGAGUCGGCCCAGGCCCAGCUGCAGUGGCCCAACACGUACGACCAGCCAGACGUGUGGGCCAACAACAAUGGGCCGGAACGCGAGCAACUGGACAGCGAGAGAUGGCAUCUGCCGCAGGGAAUGAGCGAUACCAGGUCUGUAGAAGGAGGGAAAUUCCAUUACGAUCUUAAUAACAACAAAUACAACUCCAAACACCCAUACAGCAAAUUCUAUGAAUCGGAAGAUUAUGAACAACAACCUUAA